AGCGGAAACGGGAAAGAAGUAGCUAGAAAACAAAAGAGAACACGCAGUCGUCCUCGCGAUUUGUUAUGCUCUUGCAGUGUUAUAGGAAUGCCCAAGGAAAAAUAUGACCCGCCGGAUCCCAGGCGGAUGUACACCAUUAUGUCCAGCGAGGAGGCAGCAAAUGGGAAGAAGUCUUACUGGGCUGAGCUGGAAAUCAGUGGUCGAGUAAGGAGUCUUAGCACAGCCCUGUGGUCGCUCACCCACCUCACUGCCCUGCACCUCAGUGACAACUCACUGUCACGCAUCCCGCCAGACAUUGCCAAACUAAACAACCUGGUGUACCUGGACCUCUCAUCCAAUAAGAUCAGGAGCCUGCCGGCGGAGCUCGGCAACAUGCUGUCUCUCAGGGAAUUGCUUUUAAAUAACAACCAGUUGCGAGUUCUCCCAUUUGAACUGGGCAAACUGUUUCAGUUACAGACACUGGGGUUGAAAGGAAACCCACUUGCACAAGAUAUCAUGAGCCUCUACCAGGAACCUGAUGGCACACGAAGACUGCUCAGCUACUUGUUAGACAAUCUGGCAGGGGCCAUCAAGCGCAUACCAACAGAGCAGCCACCAGCUCGGUCCUGGAUCGCACUUCAGGAACCUGACCGAACACGUCCAUCUACUCUCUUCUCAGUCAUGUGCUACAAUGUACUGUGUGAUAAGUACGCCACGCGACAGCUAUACGGCUACUGCCCGUCCUGGGCUCUAAACUGGGAGUACAGGAAGAAAUCUAUCAUGCAGGAAAUCCUCAGCUGCAACGCAGACAUCAUCAGUUUGCAGGAGGUUGAAACGGAGCAGUACUACAGUUUUUUCUUGCCCGAGUUGAAAGAGCAAGGAUACGACGGGUUCUUCAGUCCAAAGUCACGAGCUAGAACCAUGUCCGAGUCGGAUCGGAAACAUGUGGACGGAUGUGCAAUUUUCUUCAAAACAGAAAAGUUCAGCGCAGUGCAGAAGCACACGGUGGAGUUCAACCAGCUGGCCAUGGCUAACUCCGAGGGCUCCGAGGCUAUGUUGAACAGGGUGAUGACAAAAGACAACAUUGGAGUAGCGGUACUGCUGGAGGUCCGCAAAGAGAUUAUUGAAAUCUCCUCUGGGAAGUCCCUGCAUGGCAUGGACAAGCAGCUUAUGCUGGUAGCAAACGCCCACAUGCACUGGGACCCGGAGUACUCGGACGUUAAGCUGGUCCAGACCAUGAUGUUCCUGUCAGAGGUGAAGAACAUAGUGGACAAGGCCACACGCAGCUUCAAGCUGUCCUCUGGUGAAACCAAUGCCAUUCCACUGGUGCUGUGUGCCGACCUCAACUCCUUGCCUGACUCUGGCGUGGUGGAGUACCUGAGUACUGGUGGCGUGGACUGCACACACAAGGACUUCAAGGAGCUCCGCUACAGCGACAGCCUGACCAAAUUCAACUGCAACGGCAAGAACAGCUUGUCCAACGGCAGGAUCACCCACGGCUUCAAGCUGAAGAGCGCCUACGAGAACGGCCUGAUGCCUUACACAAAUUACACCUUCGACUUCAAGGGUGUGAUCGACUACAUUUUCUACUCCAGGCCUCACCUGAACGUGCUGGGUAUCCUGGGCCCUCUGGACCCCCACUGGCUUGUAGAGAACAAUGUCAGCGGCUGCCCUCACCCCCACAUUCCCUCUGACCACUUCUCCCUCUUUGCUCAGCUGGAAUUGCUCCUGCCCAAUGUGCCCUCCCAGGUCAAUGGGCUUCACCUGCCUGCACGCAGGUAGUGACACCCUGCCGUACCACCAGGGGGCGCUGCAGCCACAGCUUCUCCCUCGCGACCCUGCUCCCUCUUUUUACCAGCUCUUCGCUCCACCACACUGGAGGAGGAAGACGCACACACAAACACAACCUGUAAAAUAUUUGUUCAGUGAGGUCUGGCCGACAGGGAUUUGUUAAAGAUAUUCUAUAUUUUUUUCUUUCUCUUUAUGUUCUUUUUUUAACUGCUUGAUCCACUCCUGUCUGUAUCGUAUUUUGUGUUUUGGACUCCCGUUUCCUCACUCGAUUCACUCCCCCCGCCACCGCCCCCAUCUUUCAAACUAAAGAAGAUGGUAGCUUGUUCAGAUUGAUCACACAAGGCUCUGUUACGUUUAGGAGAACGGGGGACACUUGAACGCAGCUGAGGGGGUGAUAUUUUGCUUGGGAAGCUCCAGAGCUGAGCCUGUCUGUCCUGUAUAAAUCUAAAACCAGCAAAGACGGCAGACUUGUCAUUCUCAGAGCUCCAUCACUGGCUUGUUAACCCCCACACCCGUUCUCUGAGCAGCUUUUUGUAAGACACAUAGGAGUUGGAUGCGGUAGGUUUAGAGCAGCUCUGCUGGCAGAUGAGUCCCUGAAAUCUCAUCACGCAGCCAACGAGGUGAUCUUUCUUUCCUGCUGACAUUCUGUGGUGCUGAGGUCUUUGCAUAGCCAUGGCCUCCUGUGGUGCUACAAGAUCAUCUACACCUCUGUCACCAGCCCUGGUGCAAGUCUUUAAACCUGCAGAUACUAAGGAAAACAGACAUUUUGCCAGAUUUCAUGCCGGCAAUACAGAGUUAAAGAUGUGAGGCAGCAGAGCAGCUACCAUCCUGUUUCACCCCAGCUUGUGUAGGCGUUGCACUAGUGUUGUGCUUAUUAGGAGCUCAUGUGGCCCGAGUGUCACCUUGUUGAGGUUUUAGCAGGGGAUCUAGGUUAAUUGGAAAAGUAAUGGAGGGCUAUCACAAAUCUUUCCCUUUAGGUUGCGUUUAGGCAAAGAGAGCAAGCGGCUAAUAAAUGAAACCAGCAUUCCUCUCACUAUCAGGAGCUGACACCCGGCUCCACACGUGCACAUAAACACACUUUUACACACACACACACACACAACACACACACACACAGGUAAUUUGCAGGCAGAUGUGUAGCACUGUCUCCGAGGCCAGUAGUGACCCCCCCUCCCCCCUCCCCAGCCAUAUGUUCCACACACACAAAAAGCAGUUUUGUGUUCGUUUUGUUUUUCACAAGUGUUUGUACAGAAUAGAAACCUAGACUCAGUCUUUACAUGAUUGUAUAUGAACCACAAAAAAAAAGACCUGUUUUCUGGCAUUUUUUUGUACGAAGAGUAAAUUAUGGUCAGAUUUGAGGAAGAAAAAAAAAGAUUGUAUUGUAAAGUAUGGCUAAAUUUUUAUCCAGUUGGUGUUAUAAAAUGAAUUGAUAUUACCAGCUUGUACAAAAGACGUAAGAGGAGGCUGCUCGUGGCGUUCGCUGUCACUCCUUUGCACUCCCCUCGAGAUUAGCUUCAGUAUCGUUUGGAUUGUUUUUAGCGUUCCCGUUCCCUCAGCGGUCUGGUUGUUGCUCUGAUGUAAAUAGACACCGACUCUACCUGUUGCUUGUCGCCCGUGAGCAAAGCGGCCGAUCCGCGCCCGCCGCCGUCAGUUUUGAACCAAUAGAAGAGCAAACGAGCCCCCACCUGUUCUACACGUGGAGCGUUAACGACUCGCAGACGCCCCCACGCGUACGCCUCACUGUAGCAGUUGUCGUCUUGCACUAUUUCCACGCAGCGAACGCCCGAACAGCUUCCUCUCCUUUUAUUUUUAAAUACUGUUAUGACAUUUGUGAAGAUUUUAUGUCCUUUUUGUUUGUUUGUUUGUUUGUUAUUGUUUUUUUAUGAGACGUGACUGUGUUAUGAUGAUGUGUUUAUCCUUCCUGUUCCUUGAGCUCUAGUUAAUCAGGUAUGCUUUGCUCCACGGACCUCCUCUCUGUAGGGGUAAUGAAUUGGGUGUCUUAUCGUUUUAUCAGUUUCAGAUUGUUUUGCUCCCUCUUUGUACCCAAGCACAUUUUAACACCCCCCCUAAAAUACCAAGCCCCUAGCUUCCCUUUUGGCCACAAGUGUUCCCGAGCCUCCACCAUAAAAUCGCCCAACCUCAGACUUCACAUAAGCACUAUACUUGCUCAAGCUACGUUUUUAAAACCCCUUUACCCCCCACCUCUUUGUAUAGAUUUUUCUACCCUUAUUAUUGAAGCUACAGUGCCAUUUGUGGGGGCCCCUACCUCCACACUGGAAAGGUCAGAAGGCCCACUUUUCCCCCUGCUUUUGGACGAACAAGGAAUGAGGGUGGGUAAGCUUGUCCGUGUCUUUUGAAAAGGCCCGGCCGGCUUGGAUCGCAUUUAUUACGUCUGACAAUUGAACCGUGUCAGCUGUGGGAUCAUUUCAGCAGUUCUGCUUCCUUUUCUUUUUUUUUUUUUACUCAA